UUAGAGUUUUAUGAAUACAUUAGGAGACGACUGAACCCACGCUUCGGGACAUUAGUCUGAGUGUAAAACCCGGACAACUGUUGGCUGUCGUCGGGUCUGUUGGCAGUGGAAAGAGCUCUUUAUUGAUGGCAAUACUAAAUGAAAUAUCUGUAGUGUCGGGUCGAGUGGUAGUGAGGGGUCGGGUGUCGUACGCGCCGCAGGAGUCGUGGGCUUUCAUAGCGAGUGUUCGACAGAAUAUUCUGUUUGGCUCUCAAUAUAAUGAAGAGAAAUACAAUCGAGUGGUGAAGGCGUGCGCUUUGGACACAGAUUUCCAACUCUUGCCGUUUGGGGACAAAACACUUGUGGGGGAGAGAGGGCUGGCAUUGAGUGGCGGACAGAAGGCCCGCAUAAGUCUGGCCCGGGCUCUGUACCACUCGGCAGACAUCUACCUCUUGGACGACCCUUUGAGUGCUGUCGACACACAUGUGGCCAAACAUCUCUUCCAGAAAUGUUGUAUUGAAUACCUGAAAGACAAAACCAGGAUUAUAGUGACCCAUAGCAUCCAGUUUCUCAAAGACGCGCAUCAAAUACUUGUGCUCAACGACGGCGAGUGUGUGGCCAUCGGGUCCUACACUCAGCUCAAAGAGCGCGGCAUUGAUCUCAUGGCAUAUCAAAGACAAACCGAUGCACCAAAUGAUAGCAGAGAUGUGAAAAGGAGGACAUCUUUCACACCAUCGAUGGUCUCAUCCCUUAGUGAGGAAUCGGAAGUGACGGACGUUAGGGAACCGAUAGAAGUGGACGAACAAGAAGUGAAGGCCGAACUCAAAAUGAUUGGAUCCGUUGAGUCGAGUGUAUAUUUGGCGUACAUUAAGGCCGGCGCCGGACCUCUGCUCGUUAUUCUUACUUUUUUGUUUUUAAUCGCUUUUCAAGUCCACCAACAGGGAAGUGAUUAUUGGCUAAGCGUAUGGUCUAAUCAAUUGAGCAAAAACCCCGAAGAGUUGGAUCAAACAUUUAACAUAAUAGUGUACACGAGUCUAAUCAUUGGUCUGUUUGUGUCGGCCCUGUUGUCCACCAUUUGUUUCUACAUAAUGUGUAUGAGAUCUUCGGUUAAUCUCUAUAACCAAAUAUUCUUAGCGUUAUUGCGAUCACCGAUACAUCUGUUCGAGAGUUCGCCCAUCGCCCGGAGUCCGGUGUACUCUCACGUGAACACAACGCUGUGUGGGCUGACAUCGAUCCGUGCGUUCGGCGCACAGCAUAUGUUUGAGCGUCAGUUUGAAGUCCACCAAAACGACAACACCUCUACUUUUUUCCUAUACAUUUGCACUUCACGAGCACUCGGAGUCCUAACCGAUACUAUUUGUAUCGUAUAUCUGAGUGCUGUUAUCACAUAUAUUAUAACCAGUAGUGAC